AUGAAUGGAACUACUUAUUUGAUCUAUCUGCCAGAAAUUGCCCUGGAAAAAAUAUUUUCGUUCUUGAGUUAUGAUGAGAUUGCUAAGAACAGAAUAGUAUGUAAAAAAUUCAAUGAGAUAGGCAGCAAAAUGCUCUCAAGAGGUUUCAUCCAGCUCGAGAAGAAACACUCCUUCAUCUACAAGAGAGUCAGAUCCCUGUUGCCCCGAAGGGAGUCUGAGAGGAGAGCCCACCCACUUUCGAGACACUGUGACAUUCUACAAGCCGUGGAAACGAGAAUCAGCAUGCUCAACAUGACUUACAUAAAGUAUAUAGAGAGUGGUCUUCUCUGCUUUAUUCCUGGCAAGGUACUUGAUGAAAUGAAAAGUGUCCUGGCUCUCGUGGAAAGUGAUCAAGCACCUCCGAGAACUCAUCAAUUGCUACAAGAGCUCCGUGAUCUCAGCAGCAUGGCCAUGGAACACUUUGAUGAACACAUUUUACCCAAAGUCAAGGAACAAAUUGACCACAGAUCAGCUCUAGCAUAUGGCACUAUAGCAUCAAGCUCCAGAUCGCCGAAAAUUAUUUAUGCCCAACAUGCCUUAUCCAACGAAUUGCACAAGGUCAAGAAGCAAAGUAGGAAUCAUAAACACCAUAUUUCAUACUUGACGCAGAGUACCCAGAGAUUGUGUCAAAAGUUGAAGAAACAAAAUAUCCGAUUGAAAGCGCAAUCUCAGAAGAUAAGAGAACAAGAAAGAAAAAUACAAGAGCAGAACACGAAAAUUCAGGAACAAGAAGCGACCUUGGCCGACAUCAAAAAGCACAUUGACGAGUGGGACCAGAAAUACAAGGACCUCACAGCUGAGCUAGUUCGCGCUAGGGACGACAUUUUGGCAGCUACGUCUCCAAAGUCCGGCCCAUCAGCGCAGGUGUCGCCUGCUCCCAGGUUCUACAAGUCCAACAUCAAACCCCGGAUGGCUCAUAUUCUGCCCAAGAGCUAUAUGAAUCUGCAGAUGGAUCUAGACCGAAAGAGGAAAUCCAAUUUGCUGCCAGAAAUACCGGUGAAGAGGAAUAGGUCGCCAGAUAAUAAAGAUAAAAAGGAUGCCACUUUGAACAUUCCGGAUCUUUUGGAUUUCAGAAACGAAAAGGACAAACCUGAUGAGAGUGCAGAGAAUAUGUCGAUUCGGUUUUCACGGAGUGAUAUCGGCACAAUCAUAUCUAAUUCUUUGGAAAGUUUUUUGAAAAAUCCACUAACUAGCAUAAAAACUCGUAAGAGAAAAAUGAGUGAAGAUAUUGAUUUGAAAUGA